UUCUUCCUCAUGGCGCCCUCUCUUGAGUUCUCUUCUUCUACUUCGCCGUCAUCGCCGCCGUGGGAGGUGCUUGUUCUGGUGGCGGAACAUCUGGACCCGAGAAGCCUGGCGACGGCGUCGUGCGUGUGCAAGUCGUGGUCCAUUUCCAUGGCCUCGGACCACCUCUGGGAGCCCAUUUUCACCGCCAAUUUCCCUUCUCUUUUCAACCUCGCCGUCCCCUCCUCCUCCGCCGCCUCCUUCCGCCGCCUCUUUGGCCUCGGCCACACCGCCGCUGCCCGCCGCCGCUCCACUCCAUCAAAACCAACCCUCUCCCUCUCCGACCUCGUCUUCAUCAUCAGCGUCGUCUCGACUCACAAAGACGACGCGUUCAUCCGAAAGAAGAAAGAAAAGAGCGCUCCGCCACAAUCCAUCAGUUGCGUGAAGUAUGGCAGUGAGCUGGUGGUGGCCGCAGAUCCAAACGGACGAUUCAAAUUCUACGUAAAUCUAGCCAGCGACAGCGGCGAUGCUCCGUUGGUCGGGGCCGGGGACGAGGUGAAGGUGGUGUGGAACGUGGUUUUGGGAGGGUGGCGGGGGGUGUUUACGAUGAUCGAAUGUGGAGGCCGAGUGGGGUUUGCUCCGGGAGUCGACGGGUGGUUCUCGGAGGAGCUACCAUUGGCGGGAUGUUGCCCGAACACGGUGAGCGGUGGAAUAGUAGCGGAUCUUAAGUUGGGAUUGUGUGGGAGCGGAAGGAAUGAGAAUGAGAUUGACAACGGAGAAAAUAUUAGGGUUGACAAGGGAGAAAAUAUUAGGGUUGAGAGCGCGAGCGUGGGAAUGUUGAGUGUUGUGAAUUGGAGAUAUGUGAGUGUGGAAGAUGGACUGAUGUAUUUGCAACACUUUUUGUUCAAUAAUCUUAAAUGGUUGUAGAAAGAUAAAAUACUAUUUUGAUUUUUUACCUAAA